AUGAACCAAAUUCUUAUUGAUUUGACAAAGAAGAUGGGGAAGGAUUUACUAAGUGGGUCCAAGGUUUAUUUUGUAUUAAAUGUCGAUGCUACCACAAAUUCAGAUAUGGGAAUGGAUAGAAUGUCCCUAAAAGUUGUGAAGCCAACUGGUAUGUAUAAUGAUAAGGUUCUGGUUGAGCAGCAUGGUGAUUCACAUAAGCAGAAUAUGGAAAUGGAUGUCAUAAUGUACAAUGGGAAUUCUAGUUUUGAUUCUUCGUGUAUAUUAACACCUGGUUGGAUAAAGCAAGUUGAUGAAAUAGAAAGAAACGACUCUAAAAAGAGUAUUAAAUUUAAAGAUGAUGGUUCAUCAUUUGAAGUUUGA